AUGACCAAGGCUAUUUCCAAACCACCAUCGAAGGCUUUGCCACCUAUUCCACCUCACGAAGCAGCCAUCCGCCAACGCCGCCCCGACUGGUCCGGUGCAAACAGUCCGCAACAAUAUAGGCCCAAGCAUCCGCGACAUUCCUCUAUCCCCUCGUUUAACUUCGACGAGCAUGAUGACACAAUAGCCGGAGGUCGUGAUUCCAGACAAUCGGGAUCCUCUUUCAAUCAAAGUUCAGACGGACAUUCGAGGACACCCUCGAGGGAAACACCAGACAUAGGCGUGAAUAGGGAUUCAGUAUAUUCGAUACCGGCAGCGCAGGAUAUCCCUUUUCGGAAACUUCAGCUUAGCGACGGAUUGAACCGUGUUCGAUAUUCGCAUGUCGCAGAAAUGGAGGUUGCAAACCACACGUAUCAACCGACCCCGCCCGCUCCAACAUAUCCUCCACGCGAAAACGCACAAUCGCCGACGGCUGGCUCGCAACAUUCGUCGAAUAACAGCGAGCGCAAUAGCAACAUAUACUCUUAUGCACAAGAUGGACCGUUGCAAGUCCCACGUACCACAGUUCCCAGGCCUAGCUCCGCAUACACGCUGGGCUCGGAACUAAACGCAUUUGGUCGUACGCAAUCCCCGCGCCUUUCCGUAGGCGGUUCUCCGUCGCCUGGCGGAUCACCACAUGCCCGAACCAAUCGCCGUUCCCCAGACGUCAGGCCGGAAUCUUCGUACAUCGACUUGACGAACCUCCCAUAUAACCAGCAGAUUGCGCCUGUGAAUAACUUUGGUAACACGGGGUUACGGGGUGUUGUAGGCCAGAAUGCUUCGCUGCUCGACGCAAAGAAGACUUUGGAGAUGUACAGGGCAAAUGUCAAGAAAACAUCAGACACCGCCGUGCAGUACGAGUUUGCCUUGUUCAUGAUACAAGUCGCACGUGAGGUAAUGGCAUCGGAGAAUCCCAACGAUGCUCAUGGCAUGGCUCCGGCAGACUUGUUGAAGGAGGCGCGGCAGAUUCUACAGAAAUUAGCCGACCGUAGUUACCCUUUUGCACAGUACUACCUCGCCGAUGGCUACGCGUCGGGCUUGUUCAACAAAGACAAACCAGAUUACGAUCGUGCGUUCCCGCUUUUUAUUGCUGCAAGCAAACAUGGCCAUGCCGAAUCAGGAUUCCGUGCCGCGCUUUGCUAUGAAUUUGGCUGGGGCUGCCGCAAGGACUAUGCGAAAGCUGUCCAGUUUUACCGCGCUGCAGCAUCAAAGAACCACCCUGGAGCAGCGACGCGGCUUGGAAAGGCGUGUUUGACAGGCGACAUGGGUCUCCAGAACAAGUACCGAGAAGGACUCAAGUGGCUAAAACGAGCGUCAGAGUCUGCCGAUUUCCAGUACAACAUCGCGCCGUACGAGCUUGGUUUGCUGCAUGAGACGGGUUACGGAGACGACAUCUUCAAGGAUGAAGUAUACGCCGUGCAACUUUUUACCCAGGCUGCAGAGCUGGGUCAUGCACAGGCAGCCUUGAAACUGGGGGAAGCCUACGAACAUGGCCUGCUGCGAUGUCCAAAGGAUGCUGCACUUUCGGUGCAUUACUACAAUUGCGCUGCCCAGGCUGAAAUACCAGAAGCCAUGAUGAACCUCUGUGCGUGGUAUAUGGUCGGAGCAGAACCGGUUCUAGAGAAGGAUGAGAACGAGGCGUAUGAAUGGGCCAAGAAAGCCGCUUCGUAUGGUCUUCCGAAGGCGGAAUAUGCGUGUGGGUAUUUCACAGAGAUGGGCAUCGGUUGCCGACGGGAUCCUUUGGAGGCCAACGUCUGGUACGUCAAAGCCGCGGAUUCUGGAGACGAAAGAGCAAAGCAGCGCCUUGCAAUCAUUCAAGCUGCAGCAUCUGGGCAGCCACGUGCGCCAGCGAACAACAGUUCAAAGAGCAAGCUCGUCAAGGCGGGGAAGGUUGUAAAGGGGAAGGACUCGAAAGAGAAGGAGAAGGAGGAGAGUUGUGUGGUAAUGUAAGAAAACACAGGGGUUUCUGCGUUGUCUUGGUCUACGCUAUACCCAAUUUGCGUUUGUGCUUACCACGGUGAGCAUUGGGCCUCCGCCAUCGGAUUCUGUAAUUGACGAUGGCGCUAAUGAGAGGUGGUGCAUAUACGGCGUUUGCUUAUUUAUUGCAUACUGCGUUUGGAUCUCAAGGGCGGAGUACUAUAGCUUUUUUGGUGGCGUACCGCUCAGCCGCAGCAUUAUAGAAACUGCAUAUUGAAGA